CAGCAGCAGCCGACGACGUUCCCCUUCUCAUAUAUUAUUAUAUACACACUUCGGAGCCGCUGCGCACUGCGUACGAGUAGCUAACACAACAAGCAUCGUCGUCGUCGUCGUCGUCGUGCAGGCGGCUGACACACACUUACUCGGGGGCAAGCUCCCCCUCGCGCUUAUUCCAGGCAGCAGUUCGACAAAGGCAGAGCUGCACUAUACCACGCGACGACGACUAUCCACACCCGGCUGGACUGUGUGUGUGUGUGCGAAUGUUUAUGUGAUUAUUGCUGUGAUGUUGUUUUGACGUUUAAGCGGUAGUACGGUGUGGUGCAGUGCGGUGCAACUAAAAAACAAUGCUGUCGUUGACCUCGCCAGUGACAACAACAACAACAACGUGCUGCUGCCACUACUGCUUAUGUAUUAAGAAAAAUUUCGACGACACGAUAACGCACAAAGAGGAGGAGGCCGCUCACAACGACUCGGUGCCAAAGCAACGCAAGCGACGACCAUGAUAAGGAGUUUCGACGUUGUAUUUCGUUCGUAAGGAAAGAAGAGAGAGAGAAAAGAAGGUCGAGGUAUUUGAAUAUUCAAGUAGAGGCGAUAGAAGAAACACGAGAUAAGAAGCGAGACAGCUGCUGCUGCUGCUACGAGCUCGAAGAAAAUAAACAGUGGAACUUGCACGCAAGCACAAAACAAUAGACACACAAAGCGCAAUGGCGGGCUGCAGUACGAAAAGCUUAGGACGACCGCCCACGAUGCUGGAACAAUUGCUCGAGGAGAUCAAUUUUCAACGCACCAAGGAGAUGAGACAGUUGAUCAAAGAUGAUUCAGGAUUCGUCAUGCUGCACGGCACUACCUACUGGACGGAUCUGUUCGUGCGGCACUUUCUAUUCCAGGCCGAGCACACGAUCGACGGUGACGAUCUGCUCUUCUUCGUGCGCAAGAAGCACAUCAAGUCGUCGUCCAAGUUCCUGCCAAAGUUCGAGACCGAGGUCGACGUUUUUCGCAAGGACAGCAAGAAGCUGCCGAUCGGCGACCCGGACAUCGACUGGGAGGAGACGGUCUAUCUCAAUCUCGUGGUGCAUCAGUUCGAUUACACGCUCACACUCGCCAUAUGCACGAGAACGAGCCCCAAGGAAUUGCAAGUAUUGCGCAGACAUUCCCAGAAGGUGUACGCCAGCCCGAGUCGUCGGCGCAUGGACGCCAAGGGCGAGCUCGAGGAGAUGACGUAUCCGCACAUCUGCUUCAUGGUGGACAAUUUCGACGAAGUUUUCUGUGAUAUACUAGUCAGGGACGGGGAAAUGGUAUGCGUGGAGCUGGUCGCCUCGGAUCGCGAGGGCGCCAUCCAGGGUGUCAUUUUUCUCGGCUCAAUUAGAUACGACGCGCUGAAAAAAGUCUACGACGCUAGAUCAAGCUUGAGCACAAAGAUGGCCCAGCGCAUGACAUUCGGCCUAUUCUCAGGCGCUGGAUCGCAACGAGUAGAAUUCGUUAGAAUGAAGGGACCUCAGGGAAAGGGACAUGCGGAGAUGGCGGUGACGAAGCCCAAGGGCUCGGGCGCCGAGACGCCGACCUCGGAGCCGGGAUACUGCGUGACGGACGCUCUCUGGGACGCCGAGUGGGACGACGCCGAGGAGAUGUUUCUCUGCCGGCAUCAGCGUCGACUCUCGGAUCCGAGCUCGAAUCUGAACAAUUUUGCGCGGGGCGGCUGGCGCACCAAGCCCGGCGACAGCGCCGGCUCCAAGGCGCGCUCGGAGAACGAGGGCCUCGACUCCAUGGCCAACGGACUGAACGAGAUCGAGGCCGGCGACGUCAAAGACGGCGAUGACAACGAGACGUACGAUCGAGAAAUCAAAGCACGUCAGAAUCUGCAACAGCAUCAGCAACGACAUCAACGACGAGCGUCUGGCCAGUACUGGUCGGCCCAGUCGUCGCCGGUCCUGCGCAGCAGAUUUAACCACGAAAGUCCGAGACAUCGAUGCAAUGCCGCCGCUAAUCGUCUCGCUGCAGCGAGAAGAGAAUGUAACACCAAAAUCAUAACUGCAGGCCUGCAGCCUCGCGGUCCUUCGAGGCAAAAUUCCGUCAAUGGAGAUCAUCAUCGUCAAGAAGCAGGAGUCAUUCAGCCGCAAACGAUCGAAGUCGGCAGCGAGACGCUGCCGGCGAGCAGCGGCAAUUCGCCCACCGACGACGACGUCGUAGUGCGUCAGAAAAUCGAUUCCAACGCGAUAAUCGUCAACGGCCGUGAAGAAUUGCCCCUGCAGCAGGACGAAUCGUCGUCGGUGGCAGCCUCUCCCGUAGCGUCCGGCGAUCCGACGCCUGCCUCGCUUUUUCAAUACUAUCAUCAGCAAAACAAUCGUCAUCAGCAACGCAACAAUCAUCAUCAUCGUUAUCCGCAUCAUCAUCAUCAUCAUCAGCAGCAGCAGCACAGUAGUAGCUCAUCCCCCCGCAGCGAGCGUCACACGCGUCCGGGACGCUCGCGGAGUCUCGCCAGUGCUGGCGGCGGCUGUGACAGAAUCAUGUCUUCCUCGUACACUAGUAGUAGCAAUUACGACAAGGACGAUAUUUUCAAUACAUCGACGACAAAGUCGAACGGGAAUAACGAUCAUAACGGUGAUCACAACGAGACAACAACGACGACGCCGACGACGACGACAACGACGACGACGACGCCGACGAGGAGCGAGAGAAGCGCUACGCUGCCGAGGCAGCGCAGACGGCGAGCCUUUUCCGGGCCGAUCGGCGCGACGAAUCCGCUGCCGCCGCAUCGCGUCACGCCCGACGGCACCGCUAUCUACUACUGGUGCGAGCUGCCCAGGCGCAACGGCUCACAGGAACUAGACGAUGGGGCUUACAAUCCUCUAUGGACAAUGCGAGGAUUCACGCAGACUUUUCACUUUUGGAAAGAAAACAAAAGGGCCCAAUCUGUUCCGCUCAACGCCUUUCUCACUUACAUUACCCUACCUUGGUGGAGCAUAGCCAAAGAUAUUUUGGACCAUCGAGAGGGACCGAUUUUAACCUUUUAGCCGAUAUCAUAGCUAAGUACGCAACGUGCGUGUUUUUUAGUGUAUUUUGCAGUAUGUGACUUCGUGCUGGCCAACUUUCUAUGUGUACAAAAAAAAUGAAUCAAUCUCAAAUAUCGACGAAAAUUCUAUAUGAAAAUCAGUUUUUAAUGUCCUUGUAUCCUUAGAUAAUAUGUCAUUUUAUAAUCUACAGUAUGUGAUACAUUGAAUAGAUACUAUGAUAAGAGAGGAAUAAAAUUUUAACUCUGCGUUCAA